AGAAGAAGGCACGAAAAGAAGAAAAAACCAGGCUUUACCUAAAUAUUUUGUUUAGUGUUUGCUUGUUGCUAAGUCUGUUGAGUUUCUGAUUUGGAACAUGGUACAGUUGCCGUGUUAUUAAAUUUGGUCGUAAACUGUGUUUACCUGAUACCCCGCUUACACCCAGAAGUGGAAAAAUUUCACGCUGAUUUCGUAGGCGGAACAAGAACCUUACUUGAGGCAGGUGCAAUGCAGGCUGUGGAGAAAGCAGAGUCCACACUUUUAGAUAGAGUGGAGGCUGUAAAGGAAUCCGGUGACAACACAACAGAAAAGUCAGAUGAAAAGUGGGGUAAAAAUGUUGUUGAGGCUGCUAUCAUGACAAGCCCAGCACACAAUGAUGAGAAAGGAGAAGGAGACCAACAGAAAGAUGCAACAACAGGGGACAAAAAUGCAAAUGUUUCAGACAGGGGACAGAGGGAGAAAAUGGACUGGGAAAUCCCAUACAGUGAUGAAGAAAUUGAGGACUCAGAAAGUUGGAUGCCUCCCCCUAAGGACAUCAAGCACUUGUAUGAGCUGCUGGCUAAAGGAGAAAUGCUGGAGCUAAAUUGGGUACCUCUGCCUCGCAGACCACCUACUCCACCAUGCACUCCUUCUCCAGAGAGAGAUGGAGAGAAUUCCAAUAAGGCAGAACAGGAGGAGAACAAGCACAAACCCCUGACACCCACUGAAUUUGAUUUUGAUGAAGAGCAGCCUUUACUGACUCCCAAGAAUGCCUACCUGGCUCGCCGCCGAACACCAGGCUCCUCUGCACGUUCCACAGUAAAGCGAGAGGCUCGGCUUGAUAAAGUGCUGUCUGAUAUGAAGCGACAUCAGAAGCUUGAGGAACACAUUUUAAGGACAGGACGUGACCUUUUCAGAAGUGACAAAUCUGCACAGGAACCCAGCAGCCAGAGAGAGCGAGACAGAGAUCCCAGCACCAUCUUUAGUCCUAGGCAGAGAAGAUACUAAGCAGAAUGAAUAAUUGUGGACAACUUUCUGCAUUUGUUAUUGGGCAUUUAGUGCCUCUAAUUUCAUUUAAUAAAAUUGCAUUAAAAAUGAACUUUUUGUUACAA